GCAGGUUGUGGCGAGAUGUGAUUUGUGUUCGCGUGCAGUGCCUUUUCCCCCCCUCACGUGUCAAUGGGCCGCAACCACUUCGACGCCAAGAGCGGGCAAAUGGAUCCGUCUCCACCUUCGCCGCCGCCACCGCCGCCGCUGCCGUCGUCGCCGCACCCGGCGGCCGAAACCGGCCUGGCCCGGACUUGCUCGGCGCCUCUGUUGCCGCCUUAUCGCUACGUAGCACUCACUCUGCUUCCCGGCCCUGCUCACACGCUGUACUGCAUCGUCCAGCCCAGUGAACCGGACUCAGGCUUCGCCAUGUUGUCGGUGGCCGGCGCCGUUGUUUUCCGAGACCGGUUUUCCCGAUGUCCGCCGAACUCUCGAUUUGAAUGGCUGGGUGUACAGAACUCAUGUCCUGUCCGACAGCCGCCGAUUGUGAUGUCCGACCGCGUGGCAUCCACCCUUCUGAUGCCGCCUCCAGUGAAAGGUAGGGUAGGAGACGUGUGGGAUCAAAUGUGCCGAUUCCUAGGCCAUCCCGACCCGAAUCCUUUCGGACUCGCGAUACACCUGGAAAACGAGUACAUGUUUCUAGAAAACGACGCGAAACUGGCAAAGUACGCGCCGAAAAGUUGGAGGACUUCGAGUCGAUACGGGUUGGACGGGCAAGGGAAACCGUUGCUGUCUCUCCACUUGCGGAUUCAGUACUACUUGGACUGGCAUUUUUUAUCACGGGACCGGGUUGUCCGCGAGCAUUACUACCAUCAAGUGAGAAAAAACGUUCUGCGACAGGCGAUCGGCGAUUGGUGUUGGAACAACGAGGCGCGCUACUUCCUGCUUGCAGCCUACGCGCUGCAGGCGGACGUAGGUCCGGCAGGCAGCGAUUUCUUUGACCCUGCUUGCUACUUCCCUCAAAAGGUGCUUUCUCGAGUUGGUAUCCAGUACGUGCGCGAGAAUAUCCCGAAGAUACACAAGGACAGCUCUGUGGCGACACUAUCGCGGGGCCAGGCCCAGUUGGAGUUUUUGCACGAAGCGAGCGUGCCACCAGCGCCGCACAACAUGGCCCUGUACAAGCUGUGGGCUGGGAAACCACCAUCGGCCUCCAUCGUACACGUUGGUCUAAGUACCAAUGGCUUGACGAUCCUGCAAGAGCUCAACGACAAGGAUAAGUGCGACAUUGUCGCGCAACUCACGUGGCCGUCAAUUGCCAAAUUGUCGUUUGAGAAACGAAAGUUCGAGGUCCGGGUAAAUGAUGGUAGUAGGUACACCUAUUGGGCAAAAUCUGAGCGCAAGGCAAACCUCCUGCUUUCACACUGUCGUCGAACCCACCAGUUUUCCAUGACUCUUCAGGCACGCUUUCCGCACCUCCUUGCGGUACCGGGUACUAGAGACAAAUUCGUACCGUGUGACACUUUGAAAAAGCUGGGCAUCGUGAAAAAGGAUGACAACGUCGGUGGCAAUAGCCGGAACAACGGCAAUGAUCAACGCGUGUCUGUCAUUUCCUCAGCUUCCUCAAACACUACGUCCGGAAUCGUGACGGACUCUCGAAUACAUUCCCAAGGAAACAGCGAAGAUGAAAUGGAUCUGGACAUAAUUUGCGGGUCAGUGGAAAGUCUUGGUCUUGGUCGGGACCAGUUCAGCUGCUGUUCGGAUUGCGUUGAUUGUCAUCCUUACAAUACUGCAGGGAAAUCUGAAACUUCGAGUAGGUGGAACUCCGCUGGAAGAUGCGGUAAACGAAAGAACAGAUCACGUGAUUGUUCGCAGCUUCGCGGACAUGUUCUACUUUACCUGGGCGCGAAGGGGUCGAAUUGUGAAAAUUCUUCGCUUAGCAUUGCCUCUCCACAAGUCCCUACGGAUAAAAACACCAGCGACUGCAAAGGGGCUGAUUUAUCGUGCGAUGAGUAUCUCAUCAAGCCCAAGGAGACUCCCGGCUCCGAGACGAGGAGUCCGACUGACAACUAUGUAGACUUCUUCGACCUCUACGAAUUCAACGAGUUUCAAGACGAGGAGUCGCCGCAAAACGUCGACCUAAAAACGAGCGGCAAAGAAGAAAUAAAAUUGGAGGAGCCAAAGGAAGUCAACGUGAAGCAAGAGCAAGAAGACAAGGUGUUGGAGCAAGAUGAUCCGGACGCGCCGGAAGAGUUUGUGAUUGAUGAGAAGUUGGAUUUGGCUGACACACCCGAAGACAAAGCUUGGCAGUACCCACUUCCCAGGUACAUGGAAACAUCGAGAUCCCCUCCACCCCCCUUGCCGCCAAAAUCAGGACCGAGGAAAUCCUCGUUAAGUUCUUCAAGCUCUUCGUGGUUGCUGUUUAAGUCUUUGCGCCGGGUUGCAAAACGAGUCACUCAGACCCAGGCCCAAGACAAAGCCGAAGAAGCUGUUUUCAUAAGUUCGAAAACGAAAAUCAACGUGUUAACGGCGCACACUACGAGUGUUUCCAGUGCGUUUCCUUCCUUCGCCAGGCCUACUAUUGUGAGCUCCAAAUCGGGAUCAACAUGCUGCGCGCAACAAAACUGGAGCUCGUUGCCGCCUCCGCCACCGAUUCCAACUCUUCCGCACCCUCCCCCACCUCCUCCACCGCCGCAACCACCAACGACCUCGUGUGAUAACCUGCCUUUUGUCGGGGUGAACAAUUACUUGAACGUUCACGCCUCGACGCUGCAGAUGGAUUGGUUCACUUCCCUCUCCACGCGAAACAAGCUCAAGCAGAAGAGCUACGCGUCUACAUGUGCUUCCACGCCGUGCCUGCUGGAAUCUAACCAGUCUCAGAUGUCUGAAUUCCAAGCGCAGUUGUGCUCUGAUGUGGAUUAUGUGAUUUAUCCGGACAAAGACCCCGAAUUAAGCCGACAGGAAUACAUGGACGCCAAGUGCGCCAGUAGAAUCGCGCUUGAAGCCCAGCAAGGGAACUGUGCAUGCUGUUAUAGCACGAGCAGCGCUGGAGGUGGCGUUUACCAGUCUCUGUCUGCAGGAAGCACGACGUAUGGUAGUUUAACGUACCAGACAGUGCCAUGCUACGGCUACCAUAUGCAUCCAGUGCCUGCGGGUGCGUCCGACUCGGGUUAUGGUCCAUCUUCAGGGAGACACAGCCUUAGUUUGAGCUCAUCGUGCUAUGCUCCGGCUGCCAAUUCUGACACGUAUUACGAGGCUAUCCAGGCGAGACCGAAUCGUCUGACAAGAAUUCUGGGGGCCAAUGGGCACGGAACUGCGCACUCCUUGCAACCCUAUCAAAGUGUUGGUGGAAAAGCCAGCUCUGAUACGUAUGAAACCAUUCGUCCCCCACUGCACUAUGGAACGGCUUGUUCUCUCGCGCAGAAAGCCCAGUCCACCGAUAAUCUCGCCGGACCGGAUUCGAAACCGAAUUUGCAACAACAAAAUACGGGUCCAUUGGGACUGAGUGUGAUGGACAUGACCCGACUGGAGGAGCAUAGCAAAAGCGGGGACCUGCCUUUAAUAUCUGCUUUGCUGACUUCGUUCCAACGAUCUUCGACCUCGGGUGCGACACCAGCAAAGCCCGCCGCACCUGCGACAUCUAGCGCGCCAGCACCGCGUCCGCCGGACCAGGCGAAAAGCAAAUUCCCGGCUGGCCCAGCGAAUCGCCCACUGCCGCCUUUACCGCCACCACCUCCUCCCGUCCAGCGGUCUGUGGUCCCGCCGUCGUCGCGGAAAAGUCAUUCCCUUCUACUGCCUUUUGCGAAAUACGGCAAGAACUCGUACAACAUCACGCCGUCCCGGCAGAAGCAACCCAUCACCAUGGAAGCGCGUCCACAGCAACCAGCUCCGCCUGUACCGAACUUCCACACACUGCCGACUCAGGCGCCACCCGGCUGCGGAACCACGCGGGUCCAGUCCAUGCCGCGGAAUAGGGCGACGUAAAUCUCGACGCCGCCCUUUCUGCACGCCUGUGAAGUCUGUACAAUGCGCUUAUUAAUUCGAACGUUUCCCGUCCGCGGCUUUGAACGAGAAAAAGCUGCGUAGGAGUCGACUAUUUUUCGGUGUCGCAAGCAUUCUGUUGGUCGGAGUGAAACAGACGAAAUUCCCAUGCAAUUCCUACGGUUCCGGUUUUAAACUGAAUCCUAUAAUUGGCAUUGUUCAUCAGUGCAUGUAAGUGAAACUGGAAUCAACAUUACCGCUGUACCACGUGCCUUUGUCGGCCUUCAGAAGGAAUGCUCGUAGUGUAUCCAAGUGUUGAGUAUUUUUCUGGAGCAUCCAGUGAAAUGUGAAACUGAGUCCAUAAAAAGUUUAUUUUAGAACGUAUCCGCGUGAGUGGUGACGUAUUGCUUACCGACCAGCACGUGACCCGUACACCGAAAAAGCCGCCCCUUUUAGAAUAAAGCAUUUUGUUAUGUACCACUAUCGUACAAGGAAACUAGAAUGUGUAAGAGUUGCAUGCUGUGCUUUUUUACCUUUUUGCGUUUUUGAACUGGAAGAUUACGCAACUUUUCGUGCAAACGCCAUUUGCAAACGUGCCAAAUCAGGAUUUCCGUCCUACCUCGUUUAUAUUUUUAUGUCCUGCCCGCGUUGCCGUCGAAUGCGAGAGUGAAUAACCAGGAACUCGGUUCCUGUGUGGUAUUGUGUUGGAGCAAAAAGCAGACUCGUCGAUGGCCGUGCAUUGUAUCCCGAUGUCUCAUGUACAGGUGAUGAUCUACGCUUACGUUUCGCUUUUAUAUUUUUUGCCCGUAUUCACUGCGGUCACUUCAGCUGUACGCGUUCUCCGACUGUCGUCCGCUUGGAUUUUCGCUCGCGAUGCAUUUUGUUGUUUUUUUUUUUGGCGUGGGAUUGAUUUUAUUUUUUAUUUUUGUAUGCUGUAUGAGAAUAUUGGACGGUAUUUUCAGGCACGGCAAUCUCUGAACUUGUCCGUCAGUCGGACGGCAUUGGAAUGAAAUUUAUGGGAUAAACCAGGUGCGGCAGGAUUUUGUUGUUGAUUUCUGGCAGAUACCUGAAUUCAUUCUAGAAUAAAGUUAAGACACGAUUCCUGUGUGGGGUUUCGAUGUCACGAUGGAA